AUGCAAUCAAGAGCACGGAUUCUAUCAACCGCUUCUCAACGGCUCGCAGCCGUUCCAAGGGGCGUGUUGCGGCAACACCAGUUUCCCCGAACCUUUGCGGCUAUCCCGAGGUCAACGGUUGUAAUAUCCUCUCAGAAAGUCGUCCCAACCGUAGCAACGCGAGCAUACUCCAAUGGCCGGCCACACCCACCAGGCGGCACGCACCGCAUGAAUCUCGGAGGCGAGCCGGAAAAGCCGGCGCUUGAACAGUAUGGAGUCGACCUGACGGCGCGGGCAAAAGCGGGAAAGCUCGAUCCUGUUAUUGGAAGGUCUUCCGAGAUCCAACGGACGAUUCAAAUCCUCUCCCGUCGAACGAAAAACAACCCCGUGCUCAUCGGAAGUGCCGGCGUUGGCAAGACUGCUGUUCUCGAAGGGUUGGCUAUUGAGAUUGUUCGCGGUGCGGUGCCAGAGAGCAUCAAAAACAAAAGGGUUGUUUCCUUGGAUCUUGGGUCGCUCAUCGCCGGUGCAAAGUUCCGCGGCGAUUUUGAAGAACGACUGAAGAAGGUUCUUUCCGAAGUUCAACAAUCUGAAGGUCAGGUCAUCCUCUUCAUCGACGAGCUCCAUACGCUCCUUGGGCUAGGGAAAGCAGAGGGGUCCAUAGACGCGUCGAAUCUUCUUAAGCCCGCUCUAUCCCGCGGCGAACUACAAUGCUGCGGUGCUACAACCCUCGCCGAAUACCGCCAGAUCGAAAAAGACGUUGCCUUGGCCAGACGUUUUCAACCGAUUCUUGUCAGCGAGCCAACCGUCCCAGAUACAAUCAGCAUUCUACGUGGGAUCAAGGACAAGUAUGAGGUGCAUCACGGUGUCCGUAUCACCGACGGCGCGCUAGUUGCGGCCGCUACCUACUCGAACCGGUACAUCACUGACCGCUUCCUUCCCGACAAGGCAAUCGACCUGAUGGACGAGGCCGCCAGUUCACUCAGGCUCCAACAGGAAAGCAAACCCGAGGACAUCUUGCGGCUGGACCAAAAGAUUAUGACUAUCCAAAUCGAACUCGAGAGUCUCCGGAAGGAGAAGGAUAUUGCCAGCAAGGAGCGGCGUGAGAAGCUGGAAACCGAGCUCCAGCAGUGCCGAGAGGAAGAGAAGACACUGACCGAGAAGUGGGAGAAAGAGAAGUCAGAGAUCGACGCAAUAAAGCAGACCCAGACAGACCUGGACAGGGCCCGGGUCGAACUUGAACUCGCGCAAAGAGACGGCAAUUUCGCCAAAGCCUCUGAGCUUAGGUUCAGCACCAUCCCCAACCUCGAAAAGAAGCUGCCGAAAGAGGGCGAGGAAUCCGGCGGCGAAGGAAACCUGAUUCACGACUCUGUAACCGCCGAUGACAUUGCCAAUGUCGUCUCGAGAAUUACCGGAAUUCCCAUCUCAAAGUUGACGAGCGGACACACUGAAAAGUUGAUUCACAUGGAGGACAUUCUUCGGGAGUCUGUCCGUGGGCAGGACGAAGCCCUCAAGGCCGUGUCAGAUGCCGUGAGGAUGCAAAGGGCUGGCCUUAGCGGCGAGAACCGCCCACUGGCGUCGUUCUUCUUCCUAGGCCCCACGGGCGUUGGCAAGACAGAGCUGUGCAAGAAGCUUGCUAGUUUUCUCUUCUCCACCGAGUCCGCCGUUGUUCGGUUCGACAUGAGCGAGUUUCAAGAGAAGCACACCAUCUCCCGUCUCAUCGGUGCGCCGUCUGGCUACGUUGGCUACGAAGAUGCCGGCCAGUUAACCGAAGCUGUCCGCCGCAAGCCGUACGCCGUUCUUCUCUUCGACGAGUUUGAAAAGGCGCACCGCGAUAUCUCGGCCUUGCUUCUCCAGGUGCUAGACGAGGGUUACCUAACCGACGCACAGGGGCAUAAGGUUGAUUUCAAAAACACCAUCAUCGUCCUAACCUCCAACCUCGGCGCCGACAUCCUUGUCGGAGCAGACCCCAUCCACCCCUAUCAUGAGACUCCCGACGGUGACAUCGACCCCAAAGUCAAAUCUGCCGUCAUGGACGUCGUCUCCUCGCAGUACCCGCCUGAGUUCCUCAACCGCAUCGACUCUUUUAUCAUCUUCAAGCGCCUCGCGCUCCAAGCUCUGCGCGACAUCGUCGACAUCCGACUUCGCGAGCUCCAGCAGCGACUAGAUGACCGGCGCAUCAGCCUCACCGUCCCUAACGACGUGCGCGAGUGGCUUGCUGAACGCGGAUACGACCCGAAGUUUGGCGCCCGCCCGCUAAACCGGCUUAUCACCACACAGAUUGGGAACGGACUGGCUGACAAGAUCAUUCGUGGCGAGCUCAAGAUGGGUGAUAAGGCGGUGGUAGCGCUGAACGAGGACAAGACAGGGGUGACGAUUACUGCAGUUGAUGCUUCCGAGCAACAGCAGCAGGUUUAA